UCUGGCAAUGUCCCUUUCCUGUGCAGCGCCCUUCAAGGAAUAUCAUGCGUGGUGUCCGCCUGCUAGUCGCACUGUGCGUGCUAGCGGGGUUUGGCUGUCUUGUUAUGACCCACCUAGGAUACGUCGACAUGAGAGUCAACUGGGCUGAACUCCGCGACAGACCAUGGUACAACGUCAAGGAUUCUGCCACCUUCAGUGAUGUGACACUUCGAAGGCCUCCGCUGAGUGAGAAAAUGACCAUGGCGUUCGUAAUAUGCGAGAACCAUUUUCGUAUUGGCAUCGUCGCUGUCAAGUCAGCCGUAGCCUACUCGACGACAAGGCUGCACCUUAUCAUCAUCGCAGAUAAGAAGAACGAGAAAAAAAUGCGAAAAGAGUACUCAUCCUGGCCAGAUAGCGUGAAGAAGAGGGUCAGCUGUGACGUGAUGCCGUUGUGGUUCCCCGAGGGAGACGAGACCGAUUGGUGGGCAAUGUUCGCGCCCUGCGCAUCACAGAGGCUUUUUUUUCCGCACUGAAUUCUGGGUUGCUGAUGAUGAACCUUACGCGUAUGCGUGCCUUCCACCUGGAGAACCGCUUGAUGCGGCUGCACGAGGAGUUCAAGGGCCGCAUUCCAUUUACGGACCAG